AUGCUUCAAUGCAAAGGAGACAGGGGCCGCCAAUUUGCCCUACCACUUCACUCGACUCUUAAUCGAACAAGCAUCAUAGAUUUGAUUAUCUAUCUAUCUAUCUAUCUAUCUAUCUAUCUAUCUAUCUAUCUAUUCUGUCUUAGCCUGUCUCAGUCAGUCAGGUCUAUCUAUCGAUUGAUCGAUCUGAUUCAGUCUUUAUCGAUCUAUCCCACUUUUUAUAUUUGUCUGUCUGUUUGUCAAUCUAUCUAUGCUGCGUCAGUCUGUCUCAGUCUGUCCAGUCUAUCUCAGCCUAUCUCUCUCUCUCUCUCUCUCUCUCUCUCUCUCUCUCUCUCUCUAUCUAUCUAUCUAUCUUUUAUAGUCUUUCUAUCAAUCUAUGUAUCUAUGAAUCUAUCUGUAUCACUUUUUUCUGUCUAUCUAUCUAGCUAUAUGUUUCACUCUUUAUCUAUCUAUCUGUCUAUCUAUUUAUCUAUGUCAGUUUUUUCUGUCUAUCUAUUUCAAUCUGUUCAUAUCUAUCUAUCUAUCUAUCUAUCUAUCUAUCUAUCUAUGCAGUCUCAGCCAAUUCGUACUCCCUCUCUUUUUAUUCUUUCCUUUUUCUUUUUUCCUUCUUUCUUAUCUUUGUCUUCCAAAUUUCCUGUGAACCAUCUAUCAGUUUCCGUAUCUAUCUAUCUAUCUAUCUAUCUAUCUAUCUAUCUAUCUUGUUCGGCACUUUCAAAACAUCAUUAUUCAUUCAACAUAUCCUACUUAUUCACUCAUCGAAAUAUUUUCCCCGCUUUACGUUUCUUGUCAACUAACGAGUAUAUUCCAUCAUAA